UAUAUAAACUUGGACUCUUACUGUGCCCUGUCACUGUCCCUUUAAAUACAGAGUGGACCUCUCUCUCUCUCUGUCUGUCUUUCUAUGCUCUCCCUCCCCUUUUCUCUCUGUUCCCUCUCAAUUCAAUUCAAAGGGCUUUCUCUCUCCCGUCUCUGCUCUCCACUACCUGUCUCUCCUGUCUGUUAUCUCUCUCUUUCCCAUGGGAUUUUGCUGAAGUUCAUGUACAGCGUAGCAACUUUUGAUUGACUGUCCCCGCAGUCCACUUGUAGCCAACUGUUCUGGCCAAAAGGCAAUCAAUUUACCGGGGCGGAAUUUCCGUUCGUAUCCUAAAAAAAGACGUCAACGUCAACGGGACCCAUGUGAAUGAUUGAACGCUGUGUACGGAAAGUUAGUCAACAGCAUCCUAUGGAAAAUACAGAUAUUCAACAAUAUAUCCAAGAGCGGGUUGUCAAGGUGGACAGCGAGGUCACGGGGUCGCCUGCGACAUCGACAGCCCUGAUAGAGAGCUAUGCUGAGCCUGACGUCUAUGAGAUAGGUAUUGAGGUGUCAGACCCGGGGGAGGAGUAUGUGAUGUCAUACAGCCUAAGAGGGCUGGCCCUCAUCUUCAACCAGGAAUACUUCUCGCCAGAGCUCCGCCUCCCUCAUCGCCAUGGUACCAAAGCUGACAAGAACAACCUCUUGCGACGACAGGAGGUCCUGGCUGUCAUAAACGAUGGUAAACCACAACAAAAAACAUUUUCAUCUGGAUUUAAUGAUGUGAAAGUACUGUCCCGAGAGGACAGAGGACAGGGGUAA